GGAUGGAGACGGUCUGACUCUCUUUCCAUGUAUUCAACACUCCAAUACGGACAAACCAAUACUGUGACUCUCUUCAUUCUGUUCCGCGACACCAAGUUAAGCUCGCCCACCCGCUCGCAACCCAAUUCUAGCGAGUCUCGCGCUCACGUGUAUAAGGCUCAGUCCUAGUUCAGCCUUCCAACGAAUGACAACAUUCACAUUAAAUGUAAAAUUAUUAAAAACUCAUCAUGACUGAAUAAAGAAUCAUAUUAAUCAGUUUACGGCUGCUUAUUUCAUUUCGUGUUGCAAAAUUUAAAAAAAUACACAGUUAUCUCCCAAGAAUGCCUAACAAAUACCCACCGACGUGCGGCUGUAGUGUGCCCCUGAAAUCAUCGGAUUCGAGAAAUGAGUUAUCGAAUUUAUCGUUGGACAAGUCUAAAUCGAUGAACGGUAAUGCUGUGGACGGACGGUCUUCGCGAAAAAUUGAGAAAACAAAAGGGCGACAUAACAGAAGCAAAACGAGGACCUCCGAUACAGGUAGCAGCGGUUCCGUUCCCCAGCAAACGAGACUUCCGAAAAAUAAUGGCGAACAGAAGAAGAGGCCGAAUCCCUCGAGGAGAAGUAGAAGCGCUGAACGUUCUGAAUCUCAUUACGUUUACAUCGAUUCUGAUGAUUACACCAGCAGGGAUCAGGUGCAGGUGGUUGCUUAUGCCACUUCUCCAAUGGUUCCCGAAAAUACUGUGAAUGGAACUGCAACCUACGGUGUUCUGCCCGAUGUACCCUCUCGCAAUUGCCAACGAAUAUACGCGAUUCCCUCGAUGACAUCACCUCCACCCACAUAUGACGUGGCAGUCGCCAAGUCUUGGCAGACUGGACUUCCACCUUCCUAUGAAGACUAUUUAUGCCACAAAUAUGCAACACUUUCGCGAUCACAUACGCCUCCACCGCCGUGGUCCAUCACCAGCUGGGAUUCCGUGGAAAAUCCCCCGGAAGGCCGGGAACACUCGUCGCGGUUUGCAGCUUUGAACAGUAAUGGCCAUAAUGUUUAUCAGUCUCAGACUGACAUUGUCCGGGAAGCGGUCAAUGGGACGAAUCCCAACAUGAUCUUCCGAAAACACGUCAAGCAGCAGAGAUUACGAGCUAUGCGUCGCCGAUCAUCAAGUGAGAGCCGCGCCCACCAGCAAAGACUUGCGACCAUGUGCGAGGACGGGGCAUUCUGCAUGGAAACGACAGUCAUUCAAUCGGCCUUCGAGGACGGUGUAGCAUUCUGCAGUUUGAUGUAAAUAACGUCAAUCACCAGAGACAACAAAAACCGAGUAAAUUGAAAAAAUUCAGUUGAGAGCACUAGGCAUUGAGGUGAUGUCUUCACACAUAGGGAAUAGCGGGGUAAAAUUAGAGUACGUUAUACGUCUAUGUCUCACUGUCAUUUUAGCCCGCCUUCCCACAUACAAGUCUGCCAAAUAUGUUCUUAAAAGACAAAUCCUAAUAAAAUAAUAGUGUAUAUGUACGACACCGGCUGGCCCAGUGUCGAAAUAUGUGUAUAUUUGGAAAUACUUUUAGUUUCGUCAAUGUUAGAACUGUGGUUACAAUUACAGUUGAUGAAACAUGAGAAUAUUUAAGCAAUCUAGUGAUCUAUGAAACAUUUCGCAGGGUCCAAUAACACAGCUCUGUCAAAUUGUUGCUAGAUUGUAAAUUAUGUUCAAUCGGAAAGUGACUAUUUUUCAGGGGCUCAUCUAGUCUUAAAUGUCAUUCCAAACGAGUGAAUGCAAGUGCAGUAGAAUCUUCGUAUAAGAUAAUUGCUGCGUCGAGGGUAUAUUAUAAAGAGGUUCUACUGUAGAUCGUUAGGCCGUGCUCCGUUGAAAAUGCCGUGUUUUGCUUUCGUGGAAAUGUGAUAUGUUAUAAGAGCAUGACACUCAUUUACCCGAAUUUAGGAGAACCAAUUGAUCAGCGUCUAUUCGAAUUAUUCAACAUACUGUGAAGUUAGGGAUCAGUCAUUGUGUGUAUUUCGAAUGAGCUACGUUAUGUGCGUGAUUCCGAUCACAAUUAUGUAUAACCGAUGUUCAUGUGAAGUUAAUGUAGCGAAAUAAAAAUCCACCCGUCCGGUUAUGA